GCUGGCACCAUUCGCGUGUAGACAAGCGCGAUGGCCGCUUCAAAACGUGAUCGGCAUCUCCUUGCUUUGGUCGAGGCCGGAGACGCAGAAAGGUUAGGCCCCGCACUCACCGCCCUCUCCGACGACGCCCGCAAGGCUUUUUUGGAGGGAACCACGGCUUCGUCAGCAGCUGGUGCAGGAAACCGCCCGAAGCUCCCGUUGCACGUGGCGGCAGAAGGAGGCUGGGCGAAGGUGGUCGAGGCGCUCCUCUCCUUUGGCGCUCAUGUGAAUGCCAAGGGAGGAAUCCACGAAUCCACACCAGUACACUUAGCUGCCUUCGAGGGCCACGAGGCAGUGCUUGAGAUCCUCUUGCGGAGGGGUGGAGAUGUGAACACCAAGGACAACAGUGGUUCCACUCCGUUGCAUUACGCCGCUCGAGGAAGCUGCGUAGCUGUGGUAGAGGCGCUCAUUCAGAAGGGGAGCGAUGUCAAGGCCACGGAGGGAAUUUAUGGAAGGACGGCCUUGCACUUGGCCGCGUCUGCAGGGCACACGGCAACGCUGGAGGCCCUUGGGAGGGGAGGGGCAGCCGUGGAUGCCGAGGACGACGAAGGCAACACGCCCUUGCAUCGAGCGGCCGUCAAGGGCAACCUCCUGGCCCUGUGCACUCUGAUCAUGUUCGGGGCCUCCAUGAAGAGGAAGAACAAGGACGGGAAAACGCCUCUUCGUCUGCUGACGAUAUCGUUUGUUCAGGCGAAGAAACUGCUUGCAAUCGAAGACGAAAUGAUGAGAUUGAAAAUGGAUAACAGGAUGCUGGAGGACGACCUCAGGAGGGAAGAGCUGGAGAAGAACAGGAGGUGUAACAAAAUGGGCAGUGAGGCAGCCUUUUUGCAAGAGGAAAUCACAAAGCUCAAGGAAACGGUUAAGAAAAAGGAAAAAGCUGCUCGGUGUUUGAAGGAUGAAUGCAAAUCGCUGUACAUUGAGGCACAGAAUCUGAUGGAGGAAAACGCAUCACUGAAGGAGCAACACAAAGCGGAAUUAGAAGCCACGAAGAAAGCCGAGGCUGCGAGGAUGAAGGACGCCAUUAGUUCUUUACAGGACCAGCUGGCGGAGGAGCGGCUCAAAGUGCAACAGCAGAAACCGAUGGAUACUGGAAUGGGUCCGCUGGCGCAGGAACAGCUCCGAGCGCAGCAGGAGCAGCAGAAAGCGAUGGAAAUGGCAAUGGAAACCGAGAGGGAGAAAUACGAACUGGACAUCAGAGUUUUACGCGACGAUUUGAAAAUUUUGAAGGACCAGCUGGCGGAGGAGCGGCUCAAAGUGCAACAGCAGAAACCGAUGGAUAAUGGAAUGGUAACCGAGAACGAAAACCUGAAAAUUGGUCCGCUGGCGCAGGAACAGCUCCGAGCGCAGCAGGAGCAGCAGAAAGCGAUGGAAAUGGCAAUGGAAACCGAGAGGGAGAAAUACGAACUGGAAAUCAAUUUUUUACGUGACGAGUUGAAAAUUUUGAAGGAUAAAUACGAAGGGCAAAGACGGGACAUGAACAGGAAAUAUAACUUCAAUGGGUCAGAGUCAGAGGCACAAAAUUUGGAAAAGGAAAACCGAGAUCUGAAAGAAAAUAUUAGAUCGCUAAAGGACCAGCUGGCGGAGGAGCGGCUCAAAGUGCAACAGCAGAAACCGAUGGAUACUGGAAUGCAGGAUCCGCUGGCGCAGGAACAGCUCCGAGCGCAGCAGGAGCAGCAGAAAGCGAUGGAAAUGGCAAUGGAAACCGAGAGGGAGAAAUACGAACUGGAAAUCAAUUUUUUACGUGACGAGUUGAAAAUUUUGAAGGAUAAAUACGAGGAGGAGAGACGGGAGAAGGACAGGAAACUUAACUCAAAUGGGUCAGAUAUACAAAGGCUGGAGAAGGAAAACGGAGAUCUAAAGGAAAACAUCAGAUCGCUACAGGAGCAACACAGAGCGGAUUUAGAAGCCCUGAAGAAAGCCGAGUCUGAGAAGAUGAAUCAUACUAUUGGCCAGUUAAAGGUGAUUUCGAUUAUGCCAUUAUUUCAGCGUUGGAAGGAUGUCUGGAAAAAGCUAAAGCGAAGAACAGAGUGAAAAACACGCAUAUAGAUACGUAUAU